CAAUUAAUUGGACUUUACACCAUGGCUCACAAUCCUAACAUGACUCAUUUGAAGAUUAAUCGGCCAGUUACUGCCCUUCCUCCCCUUUGGGUAAGAUGUGACAGUUCGGAUCCUGAAGGUACCUGUUGGCUAGGAGCUGAGCUUAUCACAACUAAUGACAGUAUUACAGGAGUUGUCUUAUAUGUGGUCAGUUGUAAAGCUGAUAAAAAUUAUUCUGUGAAUCUCGAAAACCUCAAAAAUUCACACAAGAAAAGACAUCACGUAUCUACUGUAACAGCCAGGGGCUUUGCCCAGUAUGAGCUUUUUAAGUCUACUGCCUUGGAUGAUACAGUCACCACGUCACAAACUAUGAUCACUUUGGAUAUCUCCUGGAGUCCUGUGGAUGAGAUUCUUCAAAUACCUCCACUCUCUUCAACUGCGACUCUGAAUAUUAAAGUGGAAUCGGGAGAGCCCAGAGGUCCUUUGAAUCAUCUUCACAGAGAACUGAAAUUUCUUCUUGUUUUGGCUGAUGGUUUGAGGACUGGUAUAACUGAAUGGCCGGAGCCUCUGGAAGCAAAAUCUGCUGUUGAACUUGUGCAAGAAUUUUUGAAUGACUUAAAUAAGCUGGAUGGAUUUGGUGAUUCUACAAAAAAAGACACAGAAACAGUGAAGCACGAUGCUGCUGCAGUUGAUAGGUCCAUUGAGUGUCGUUUCAUAGUACGGGGUGAUCUCGAUUUUGCUGAGCAAUUGUGGUGCAAAAUGAGCAGUAGUGUGAUUUCAUAUCAAGACUUGGUGAAAUGUUUCACAUUGAUCAUCCAGAGUCUACAACGUGGUGAUGUACAGCCAUGGGAAUACUUCAUUUCUCCAUCAGUAGAUAUACAAGAACAGGUUUAUCGUGUUCAAAAACUCCACCAUAUUCUAGAAAUAUUAGUGAGUUGCAUGCCUUUCAUCAAAUCUCAACAUGAACUCCUCUUUUCUUUAACACAAUCCUGCAUAAAAUAUUAUAAACAAAAUCCUCUUGACGAGCAACACAUUUUUCAGCUGCCAGUCAGAUCAACUGCUAUAAAAAACUUAUAUCAAAGUGAGAAGCCACAGAAAUGGAGAGUGGAAAUAAAUAGUGGACAAAAGAAGGUUAAGACAGUUUGGCAACUGAGUGACAGCUCACCUGUAGACCAUCUGAAUUUUCACAAACCUGGUAAAGAUGGUUUGUAA